AUGCAUCAAUUGACAACGGUCGGUGUCGUCGAGUUCAGCAGCCAGCCACAGCUGCCAAAAGAAAAGAGACCCAUUGACCACGCUGCCACGGUCACCACAACCAUACACUCUUCUUCAGCUUAUGACAGGGCUAUCAAGCCACAGGACCCAGACCCCCAGGGGCACGCACCUCCCUCCACGUGGAAAUCAGGGGAUAUGUACCAAUGUAUGACGAGGACUGUUGUGUGGCGUCCCCUGAAGAUCCCAGUUCGUGUCCAUCAUUCUGACGGGCAUACAAACGGAUACCUUGCCCACUUGUCCUUGUCUCAGUCUCAGUCACAAGUCGUCAGCUUCAUACGAAACCCCUUUCCCACAUUCCGUGAGCUGUGA